AUGGCGCUCGAAGAAGCAUACCAAGAAGUUGAAAGACAGUUUGAGAUCGACCUUCUGCCCGAACAAAAACAGAGUAUCAAAGCUUUCUUUGAGGAGAAGAAUGUUUUCGUCAAUCUACCGACAGGAUACGGAAAAUCCUUAAUUUUUCAGUGUUUACCGAUAGUUUCUGACAUCGUGAAUGAGAAGCCUCGAGCUUCAAGUUUGAUGCUCGUCAUUUCUCCCCUCACAGCAUUGAUGAAAGACCAGACGGACAGGCUUAAUAACCUGGGAAUACCAGCCAUUUCUCUGGUUGAUGUAGAUGACCCAGAUAUUAUUCAACAAGUUAUCGACGGAUUCUUUUGCGAGAAGCUUGUUCGUUAG